AUGCAGCCAUCGCAUCGAGUGUUGUUAGCACUUGUUGCUUCUUUCAUGGUAGGCUUGCGGUCGGUCGCAUGCUUCAGUCAAGGCGGCCUGACUACCAACCUUGUUGCUGGGAAAUGCUCCACAGGAACUCUUCCACGGUGUGGACAGCAUACAGUAUACAAGCAUGCGAAUCCUUUGCGAUGUAGGAGCAGGCUGUUGUUCUGGCAGAACCUUGUUUGCACAGAGGAAUCAGGUUUGGAGCGAAGAGGAGGAAAGAGCCUUCAUGUGUACGCGUUCGUCACCAUGGUUGGAUGGGGGAAGAACACUCUCUUGAACGAGCUGUCAAGUCUUGAUGCAACGUCUUGUAAGGAACAUUUUGGGAGCUCAAUUCCACCUGUCAUCCUAGAGUCUGAUGAGAUUGGCAAAGACAAGUUUUGGCCAGUGGUGGAAAAGACAAUAAAAGAUGGAGACGACGACUUGGAUCAUUUGAUUCUCAACAAGAACUUCCCUCCUAACUCAUGGAAGGGAACAGUUAAGAGAUUGAAGAGAGUUUGUGAGGAGAAGCAAAGAAAUCUUUGCAUACACGCUAUUUUCCCCAAAAGUGUAGGCUCGGAAAGAAAUGCAUUCAGCCUGUUCGACUGUGCGACGUGUUUGUAUUCUGUCAAGAAUCGACAAGAACACCCCAAUCUUUCGUCGUCUGCAAACAACAUCCCUGAAGUAGUCUCCUUGUUCUACAAGCUCUACCAUGUCCCAGGUGGGAGAAAGGAAUUUUUGAACAAUCUGCGAAACAAUUUCACUGAAAGUGUCAUUGAAGUCGAUUGGAUAAAGUCGGAGUGUAUGGUCUCUACGUCACAAGAUCUCGACAGGAAGAUGGAAAAACUAUUCUGGGUGACGAGAAAGAUCAAUCGAGCGAAAAAAGAGAAUCAGAAUGAGAUUCCCGACGAUCUUCGAAGUGAGCUUGACGCUGUCGUUGUGGACAUCUUUGACAGUCAAACAAACAUUCAGAUGUUUGAGACAUGCAGACUCGAGCCGAGCCGUGUCUUACAAUCUUUCUUGGAGAACCUUCCACGUUCUACAUGA